AAAACAAACUCUGAAACCAAAUCCAGCGAUUAAAUUAAACUAAUACCAACCCACCUUUCUUCUCUUCCCCCUUCUCUCUGAAACGUCGAACACUUAGAGAUGGCGCAUGUUGGCAACAUUGCUAAGGGCCUCCAAAAUGCCCACUGCGCUACUUCUCUCCCCAGACCCCAGAACCGCAGGUUCUCUCUUCGCUCUGUGUGGGUAGGAUCGAAUGUCAAAGCUCCCAGCGGUUUCGGUGCCCUCAAUUAUGAUGGGCCUUCACCCAACUCCUCUAUUGCUUCUGUUAGGGUUCCUCUCAAGGUUUCGGCUGCUGUUGCCAGCCCUGAGAAGCCCUCCACCGUUCCUGAGAUCGUUUUGCAGCCCAUCAAGGAGAUCUCUGGUACUGUUAGGCUCCCCGGUUCCAAGUCCCUCUCCAACCGUAUCCUUCUCCUCGCCGCUCUAUCUGAGGGAACUACUGUUGUGGACAACUUGUUGAACAGUGAUGAUAUCAAUUAUAUGCUUAGUGCUUUGAGAACCCUUGGGCUACAUGUGGAAGAAGACAGUGUGAAUAGAAGAGCAAUUGUGGAAGGUUGUGGUGGGCAGUUCCCUGUUGGGAAGGAAUCCUGGGAGGAAAUCCAACUUGUCCUUGGAAAUGCAGGGACUGCAAUGCGUCCAUUAACUGCUGCAGUUACUGCUGCAGGUGGAAACUCAAGUUAUAUACUCGAUGGUGUCCCUCGAAUGAGAGAGAGGCCAAUUGGAGACUUGGUUGAUGGUCUAAAGCAGCUUGGUGCUGAUGUUGAUUGCUUCUUGGGUACAAAAUGUCCUCCUGUUCGUGUAAAGGGAAACGGGGGCCUUCCUGGAGGAAAGGUGAAACUCUCUGGUUCUAUUAGUAGUCAGUACUUGACUGCAUUGCUUAUGGCAGCCCCCUUGGCUUUAGGAGAUGUGGAGAUUGAGAUUAUUGAUAAAUUAAUUUCAAUUCCUUAUGUUGAGAUGACUUUGAAAUUGAUGGAACGCUUUGGCAUCACUGUGGAGCACAACAAUGCCUGGGACAGGUUCUUGAUACGGGGUGGUCAAAAGUACAAGUCUCCUGGAAAUGCUUACGUUGAAGGUGAUGCUUCAAGUGCUAGUUACUUCCUAGCAGGUGCAGCUAUCACCGGUGGUACUGUCACUGUGGAGGGUUGUGGGACUAGCAGUUUGCAGGGGGAUGUGAAAUUUGCUGAGGUUCUUGAAAAGAUGGGGGCAAAAGUUACCUGGACGGAGAAUAGUGUCACUGUUACAGGCCCACCCCGAGAUUCUUCCAGAAGGAAACAGUUGCGUAUGAUUGAUGUCAACAUGAACAAAAUGCCUGAUGUUGCCAUGACCCUUGCUGUUGUUGCACUUUUUGCCGAUGGUCCAACUGCCAUUAGAGAUGUGGCUAGUUGGAGAGUGAAGGAGACUGAACGGAUGAUUGCCAUUUGCACUGAACUUCGGAAGCUGGGAGCAACAGUAGAAGAAGGGCCUGAUUACUGUGUUAUCAGUCCACCGGAGAGAUUGAAUGUAACAGCAAUUGACACAUAUGACGAUCACAGAAUGGCCAUGGCAUUCUCACUUGCUGCCUGUGCAGAUGUUCCUGUCACCAUCAAGGAUCCCAGUUGCACUAGGAAAACCUUCCCUGACUACUUUGAAGUCCUCCAGAGGUUUACAAAGCAUUGAGUGGACCUGGAUUUUCAUAUUAAGCUGUAAAAGUGGAGCUUAAGAUAUUACUCAAAUGAUAGGCAGGUCACUCCCAAUGAUGCUAUCUUCCGCUGCCCCGUACAUUAGAGUCAGGAAUGUAUACAAUCCUUUCUUGUACUGCCUCUGUAAUCUAUGACUUGGCCAUGUUGAGUGAGGCUGUUUAUUAUUUAUGACAUUGUAAGUUUAUUCUAGAGCUCAAUCAUUUCCCA